AUGUUUCCUCCACUGUUCAAGUUAACGUUGAUCACGAAGAAACUCACUUCUCCGCCUGCGCAAGAAGAUGCCAACUGUCUUUCCGGGUGGAUUGCGGUCGACCCUCAGGGACACCCCAAAAGGGAGCCCAUCCAGUGGCCGCUCUUCGGAGGCUUUAUCAUUCAACAGCCAUCCAUCGCUGUUUCUAGGGAAGCAUAUUCUGAUGCGCCAGCAAGUAACGGUGGACAGAGUCGUCACUGGUGCAGUGUGUCUUAUCUUCACACACGGAUUGCAGCAGUCCAGGCGCAAGAAUCAAAGAAGAGUGUUCCCCAACUUACGUGCAAUAAUGACGUUAAUUGGCACGCCGACGGACUCGAGCCGCUGCUGUUCAGUUAUCAGAUCGUCCCCUUCCGACCCUUCCCAACUGCUACAAUGUCUGCCGUCGAGUUCAAGGGUUACGCAUUGACCGAUACGAAGAAAUGGAGCGAUCUCAAAGUCGUUGAGUUCAAGCCCAAAACCUUCCUGGAGGACGACGUCGAGCUCCGGAUUACCCACUGCGGCGUCUGCGAUUCAGACGUCCACACACUGUCGCAGGGUUGGGGUGAGACUACCAACCUGCCGUUGAUUGUUGGCCACGAAAUCGUUGGUGUUGUCAUCCGGGUGGGCUCCAACGUCACCGAGUUCAAGCCUGGCGAGCGUGUCGGUAUCGGUGCUCAGAUCGGCAGCUGCAUGAAAUGCCAGCGAUGCAAGCAUGACCAGGAGAACUACUGUCGCGAGAUCAUUUACACAUAUAAUGCGUCCUAUCCCGACGGAGUUGCUACGCAAGGUGGCUACUCGACAGCAAUCCGUGCCCACCAGCAAUUUGUCUUCGCGAUCCCUGACGCUCUUGAGUCUCGCUAUGCUGCGUCAAUGCUGUGCGCUGGUCUUACCAUGUUUGCGCCGCUGAAGCUAAACGGUGCCGGCCCUGGCAAAAAGGUCGGUAUCGUCGGUAUUGGUGGCCUCGGACAUUACGGCAUCCUAUUCGCGAAAGCACUGGGUGCGGGAGUUUAUGCGUUCACGCACAGCCCGAGCAAAAUAGAAGAUGCGAAAAAGAUGGGCGCUGACCAUGUCAUCGAUACUGGGGCUAGUGACUUCCACGAGCCCCUUUAUGGUGAACUCGACCUCAUCGUCACCACACUCGACAACUUCAGCCCUGACAGGCCGCUACAAACGUACACAUCCAUGCUUCGCGUAUUUGGCAAGCUUGUCAACGUCGGAGUUCCGGACGCAGACAACUUGCUUCCCCCCAUGCACGCCAUGAGCCUCUGCUUCAACGGCGCGUUCUUCAGCGGCUCGCACCUCGGCUCGAAGGUUGACUGCAAUGACAUGCUCAAGCUCGCGGCGGAGAAAGGGGUGAAGCCCUGGAUUCAGGAGCUACCUAUGAGUUAG